ACUUGACGUUCAUGUGACAAUAGACAUGACAUGUUAACUGCAUUACUGCAUUAGUGAUAAAAGGAAAUUUUUUUAAAUAAUUUUUGUUGCAGUUUCAUGUGAUAAAUAAAAAAUAUUUUUUGCCAUAACUGAUAUAACUUCCAUCAUAAAAUUUUGUUAUUAAUUUUGUUGAUUUUUAUUUAGGUAGCUAUAUAAAAAAUUGUUAAUAGUGCUAGUCGGGUUAUGAACUUGAGAAUGGCAGUGAGGAUUUCAUGAAAAGUGUGACUUAAUUUAGAAUGGAUAAAAUAUGCCAAACCGAAGAACAUAACUAUUUGAAGGAAAAUUUAAAUGAGGAUACUACUAGAUCUACACCAAGAGAUCCAGUUCAACUAAGUGAAGAUAAAAUUAUUUAUCUGCCAAGUACUUCCCAAAAUAAGACAAUAUUGAAGAAUAUACUAUUUCAAAAAGAAGAAAAAGUUGAUUCUAUUGAGUUGGAGUCAUCUCAAGAUAGACUUCAGCCUGCAGAAAAUGUUGUACAAAACUGUGAUGAUAGAAAUAUUAAUGAUUCAAUAUAUAUAAAUAAUGCAGACAAUGAGAUUAACUUAGGUGGUGAGUGUGUUUUGAAUAAAUUCAAUGGACAACAUCCCACUACCCCAAAAAGUUCCCUGAAAAGACCAAAUUCCGAACCACCUACUGAAGAAAGUUGGUGUAAGCGUAAAUACUCACCUGAAUAUGGACAAACACGUAAAAACUUGGUAUGUGAAAUUGAUAAAAUAUCAAACACAGAUAUUGAUAUCAACAACAAACUCAAAACCAUGAAAUUAUUUGUUAAAAACGGUGAAGAAUCCAAGGCAGACAUAUGUAAAAGUUCACCUCAAGCUCCUUCUCCACUUGGUACACCUUCAAAAGUAAGAUCUGUGAUACCAACUAAACUUAAUCCACCUCCUGAGUUGUCGGAUUGGCUUCUACAAUUUCAGUGUUGGUCUAAUGCUGAGAGAAUUCUUGCCAUAAACGAGCUCAUUGAAACAUGUGAGCCUACUCAAGUCAGGCAUAUGAUGCAAGUGAUUGAACCACAAUUCCAAAGAGAUUUUAUUUCUCUUUUACCUAGAGAAUUAGCUCUGAAUGUUUUAUCAUAUCUGGAACCCAAAGAUCUCCUUAGAGCCUCUGAAACAUGUAGGAGUUGGCGAUUUUUAGCUGAAGAUAACUUGCUUUGGAAAGAAAAAUGCAAGGAAGUUGGCAUCUUGGAAAUACCCAAGAAGAAGGGUUCUCCUAGAAGCCCCGGGGGCGUAUCCCCGUGGAAGGUUGCUUACAUGAGACACCAUAUGAUUGAAAUGAACUGGAGGAGCAAACCAAUUAAACCACCAAAAAUGUUGAAAGGUCAUGAUGAUCAUGUCAUUACUUGUUUACAAUUUUGUGGUAGUCGAAUAGUGAGUGGUUCAGAUGACAACACACUUAAAGUUUGGAGUGUCACAACUGGUAAGUGUUUGAGGACACUGGUUGGACAUACUGGUGGAGUAUGGUCUUCCCAAAUGUCCGGGAAUACUAUUAUUAGUGGAAGCACUGACAGAACAUUGAAAGUUUGGGAUAUAGAAACAGGUGUUUGUAAACAUACGCUCUGCGGACAUACAUCCACCGUCCGUUGUAUGCAUCUUCAUGGCAAUAAGGUAGUCAGUGGUUCCAGAGAUGCAACCCUCAGAAUUUGGAACAUUGAGUCAGGUGCAUGUUUGAAUGUUCUCGUUGGUCAUAUGGCAGCAGUAAGAUGUGUUCAGUAUGAUGGAAAGUUGGUGGUUUCAGGAGCAUAUGAUUAUAGUGUGAAAGUGUGGAACCCAGACAAAGGAGAAUGCUUGCAUACACUUCAAGGUCAUACAAACAGAGUCUAUUCUCUUCAGUUUGAUGGUACACAUGUGGUUAGCGGUUCAUUGGAUACAAGUAUAAGAGUGUGGGAUGUUGAAUCGGGAGCUUGUAAACAUACACUUAUGGGGCACCAAUCCUUAACUUCCGGUAUGGAACUACGAAAUAACAUAUUGGUAUCAGGAAAUGCGGAUUCUACAGUAAAAGUUUGGAAUACAGUGACUGGACAGUGCCUACAAACAUUAUCAGGACCUUAUAAACACCAAUCUGCCGUCACCUGCCUUCAAUUUAAUAAUCGUUUUGUUAUUACUUCUUCGGAUGACGGAACCGUUAAACUUUGGGAUGUUAAAACUGGCGAAUUUAUACGAAAUCUGGUAGCUUUGGACAGUGGAGGCUCAGGAGGGGUAGUUUGGCGAAUACGUGCAAGUGAAACAAAACUUGUGUGUGCAGUGGGUAGUAGAAAUGGCACAGAAGAAACAAAACUACUUGUAUUAGACUUUGAUGUUGAUCAAAAUGUCAAUGGGUACAAAUAAGUGGCGUCUCUAAUGGAUAGAGAUCAGAAGACUCAAAAAAUUUGCGUGAAUGUUGGUUGUAUGAGAGUAAUUUGUUGUAUGUGUGUAGUAUUAGACUUUAGUCUUCUAAAUGUUUUUUUUUGUAAAUAUUUUCCAAUUUUAUGGUGAUUUUGAAUGUUAUGAAAUUGGAUAAAUCAGCAAUAUAACACUCAGAGGUAAUUUAUACUUUAAAUUAUUCGAAAUUCGAAAUAUGUAUAGUGCAGGGGUAUGUACAGAACUGUACAUAUUCUUGAUAUUUGUGACAAUGUUAUUUUUUGUAAUUUAUAGCUUUAUAUAAAUUGAUCGAAGUAAUGGGCUAAGCAACUCUUUAUAAUCUAAAGGCCGAAUUAAUUAAAUACAUCAAUGAUCAUACAUCACUCAAUUCCAGUUCUUGUUGAAAAUAUUGAAUUUUAAACCAAAUGACUGUGACAACAGAUAUGAAAGGUUGCUCCACCCUAAUGAAUAAAUUUUAAUAAACAACAAAUACAAAUUUCUGUUACGUAUUAUUGUAGAAUUGAUUUUCAUUAAUAGAAUCUUGACGAGCUCACUAAAUUGAAAAUUUCCAUUCAAUAUAAAGAAAAUCUUAUUUCAUCCUGUUGACAAUUAACUAACAUUCUAUUAUGAAUCAUUUAGUCCUCAUCAAAAUGUUUAUGAAAUACAUACUAGACUUAAUAGAAAAGAAAUUCUGUUCAAAACUGCACUAGUGAAAAUUAAAACACAAAAAAUGCAUCUUCUAUUAACAAUCAAGACACUAUUCUGCAUUUAUUAAUGCAUGAUAUAAAUUGCAUUAUCCUAAAUAGAUCAUCUUCAGUUUAUUAUGGAAACAUUUCCUACCUGCACACCUCUUCUAUUUCUGGAGAGGGAGCUCCCUGUCCAAUUUUUUUUUGUGGACUUGGUUCUUCAGGACUGGAAGUAUUGUACUUCGAAUUACAAGCCUCCUUUUUCUGAAUUUUUUCAGGCUCCCUGUCUGGUUGUUCUUUAAUUUUCCAAUGAACUGUUGUGGAUCCCCUAAAUUUUUUUUUGUUAGGGCUCUUAGUCCUCAGGAGCAUAUACCGAAUGUUAUAAUUGUUACAGUGUUUACAUUAUCUCCAUUUCUAACUUCAUAACCUUUGAUGGGGAUCAAGUAGCACAACUUCAAGAAAAUGAAUUAACGUAUUUCAUUUUUGAGUUGAGAUACAAAAAUUUGUUUGAUAUCAAGAAGUAUAUUUCUGCAGACUAAUUUCACCCACUGUAUAUUUUCGUUAUAUUCCGUUGUUUACUGCAAAACCCAGAAAAUUCGAAAAACUUUCUCCAAUAGUAUAUACCACAAUGCUUAUUUCCUCUUUAAUUAAAAUGAUUGUUCAAGCCCCAAAAUUGUAUACGCCAAAAUCGACCUACCCCAUCAUACAUCUUGCAACAAAUGAAACGCACAUAUCAAAUUUAAAAUGAUUACUCUAUACACCAAGAGAAAUUUUACGUUGAAUAUUUACGUUGUUGACUUGAAGGAAAUUCAUUUUAAAAUUUGGAAUAAGACAAUAUUCUAUUUUUCUAGUAUCCAGUAAUACUCGCUGAAGAAGUCAUGGUAUAAUCAAUGUCUAUCAUGACUCUCUUAAUGCCCUGAACCACUCUGAAGACGAAUAAUUGCCAUUAAAUAAACAUUGUUAUAAUAGGAUAUUGUUGUCAUUCAAGAUUUGCGUUCUGGAAAAUAUCAAUUUCAUUUGCUAAUAAGGAAAAAUUUUUCUGCUAGUUUCAGUUGCGGAUACACUAAUCAUUACAUUCAUUUGUUACUUUAAGAUUGAAGGACUGAAUGGUUUAUUUUCACAUUGUUCAAUUAAUUUACUUCAUUGUCUAACCAAUUACGCUGAAAUAGAAACAAUUUGUUAUUAAUAAGCCAGAAGCUCAUUUUGAAGUUGUAAAAUGUUGAUUUUAUUCCAAUUUUAUGUAUGUGUCGCAUAUAUAUGUUGUUUUCUAUUUUUAUUGAAUAGGAUAUUUGUUUUACCAACUGUAAUAUAUAAGACUGAAAAAUUGUUGAAUAUUUUAUCCCUGAUAAUACAACUAAUCAGGAUGUAUAUACUGAGUUUCCCCAAUUUCUUAUCCAAAUGCAAAUCGUACUAAGACCAUUUUAUGAUUAUUUAAAUAUAUGAAUUAUACUGAGACAGAAAA